GAAAAAGCUGCUUGAACAAGAGACAGUAUAUCAGGCAAAAAAAGAAAAGGAAAACAACAAGAAAAUAGCUAAACUGAAAGAAGAACUGAGUAAACUGAAAUCCUUUGCUUUAAUGGUCGUGGAUGAACAGCAAAAACUCACUGAGCAGUUGAAUCAACAGAGUAAAAAAAUCCAAGAAUUAACCACUUCUACAGAAGAAGCACACGAGAAGCUGGCUWUUGCUAAAGCAAAAAUUCAAGAAGAGAAACAGAAAUCCAGCAGGCUGGAGGCUGAACUUCACGCCCAGAGCAGUAAGAUUUCCCAAGAUCAAGAAGCAAUGACGGCUAAACUAACCAAUGAAGACAGUCAGAAUCGCCAGCUUCGGCUCAAAAUAACUGCUCUCAGCCGACAAAUCGAUGAGCUGGAAGAGACCAACAAAUCUUUACGAAAAGCAGAAGAAGAACUGCAAGACCUAAGGGAUAAGAUAAAUAAGGGAGARUGUGGGAAUGCCACACUUAUGAAUGAAGUAGAAGAACUACGGAAACGRUUGCUGGAGAUGGAAGGAAAAGAUGAAGAGCUCAUAAAAGUGGAAGAUCAGUGUAGAGAACUUAAUAGAAAGUUAGAAAAAGAAGCAUCACAGAGCAAGAACCUUAAAGGGGAAGUUGAUAAACUUAAUAAAAGAAUUAUGGAGCUGGAGAAACUAGAAGAUGCUUUCAACAAGAGUAAACAGGACUGUUAUUCCCUGAAAUGCAAUUUAGAAAGAGAAAAAAUGUUAACAAAGCAGUUGUCCCAUGAGCUGGAUGGUUUAAAAGCUAGAGUUGGCGAGCUUGAAGCAAUUGAAAGCAAGUUAGAAAAAACGGAGUUUACACUUAGAGAAGAUUUAACAAAGCUGAAGAGUCUAACAGUGAUGCUCGUGGAUGAAAGAAAAACUAUGGGUGAAAAAAUAAAGCAAACAGAAGAAAAGCUGCAAGCAGCAACUUCUCAGCUACAGGUGGAACAAAAUAAAGUGAUGUCAGUUACAGAAAAGCUGAUUGAGGAAAGUAAAAAGGCACUGAAAUCAAAAUCUGAUGCAGAGGAAAAAAUGUCCAGUGUUACAAAAGAAAGAGAUGAACUGAAAAACAAACUCAAAGCAGAAGAGGAGAAAGGAAGUGAUCUUGUGUCCAAAAUGAAUAUUCUAAGUAAAAGACUUCAAUCACUGGAAGAUGUUGAAAAAGAGCUUCUUAAAAAUAAACGUAAGGAGGGUACUAAAUCUAGCACCUCCUUGCAGCAGGAAAACAACAUAAUCAAAGAGCUUUCUCAAGAAGUUGAGAGGCUUAAGCAGAARCUCAAAGAAAUGAAGUCAGUAGAAGAUGACCUUAUGAAAACUGAAGAUGAAUUUGAGUCUCUAGAACGAAAAUAUGUCAGUGAGCGAGACAGAGCCAAGCUCCUGUCAGGGGAGCUGGAGGCUGUGAAAAUGGAAUUGGCAAGGUAUAAAUUAACAGAAAAGGCAGAGUCAAAUCAGGAGCAGCGCCUUUUUAAGAAACUCAAAGAAGAGGAAGCUAAAUCAAGUCAUCUUUCCAGAGAAGUAGAUGCACUGAAAGAGAAAGUUCAUGAAUACAUGGCAACAGAAGACCUAAUMUGUCACCUGCGAGGUGAUCACACAGUCUUACAGAAGAAACUCCUCCAGCAAGAAAACAAAAACAGGGAGCUAGCAAGAGAUAUGGAAAGCCUCACAAAAGAACUGGAGAGGUACAGAUCCUUCAGCAAGAACAUCAGGCCUGGUCUCAAUGGAAAGAAAAUUUCAGAUGUGCAAGUUUUUUCUAAAGAAAUCCAAACAGAUCCAGCAGACAAUGAACCACCGGAUUACAAAACCCUCAUGCCCUUAGAGCAAACCGUCAUAAAUGGGCAGAUCURUGAAGACAGUGAUAAUGAGGAGGAACAAACAGCAUCUUUCAGAAGCAACUCAUCCACCACAAACGCUGCAAACAAAAAAUUAUGGAUCCCCUGGAUGAAGUCCAAAGAGAGCCAUCCUCAAAAUGGAAAGGUACACACAAAGCAAAAUGGAAACUGUACACAGACUGGAGAUCUAGUGCUAAGCCAUACACCUGGCCAACCUCUCCACAUUAAAGUAACUCCAGACCAUGGACAGAACACAGCAACCCUUGAAAUAACCAGUCCUACCACUGAAAGCUCUCACUCCUACACAAGCACAGCAAUUAUACCCAACUGUGGCACUCCAAAGCAAAGAAUAACCAUUAUCCAAAACGCUUCCUUAACACCUGUAAAAUCAAAAGCAGGAGAAGGUUAUGUGACCCCAGAGCAUGUAAUUUCUCCURUUACUAUGACUACUUUUGCAAGAUCUCAAACUCCUGAAUCGUGUGGUUCUGUAACUCCUGAAAGAACAAUGUCCCCUUUGGCUUUACCCGGCUCAAGUUCUCAGGAACAAACGCUCUCCUCGGAGCCUUUGGAAAUGGGAGCCAAGCAUGCUGUUUUUAGAGUAUCCCCAGACAGGCAGUCAUCAUGGCAGUUUCAGAGGUCUAACAGUACAGGAUCAAGUGUAAUAACUACUGAGGAUAACAAAAUCCACAUCCAUUUAGGAAGUCCUUACGUCCAAGCUUUCACCAAUUCCAAGCCCAUCAGCCCUUGUAAUGCAGUGCAAGACAACAGAACUCCAGCACUAGCUAAUGGCCUCCCCACUAAGCCCACCAAUAAAAUCACCAGCAGUAUUACUAUCACCCCAACAGCCACUCCUCUUCCACGGCAAUCACAAAUUACAAUUACCAACGUGUUCCGUCGUUCAGUUCCAACUCGRAUCCCCAAACCAAAGCCUGCAAGCACAACCAAAGCACCUGUCAAAAUUCCUGCUGAACAUCGCAACAAGCUACUUCAAGACAGCCCUUCUGGAAAGAUAYGCAUUGUAAGGACUGUGUCUAAAGCCUGCCUUCAAAGUGGAGGGCGAAGAGUGGAUCCCAACAGUCUAAAUGGCUCAACUGAUAAUAUGUGGGAAAACUCCUUACACAUAGGUGUUUCUUUAAGAACUGCCAAAUCCUAAUUCCUAAAUAAAGAAAAACUGGUGGUGCUCACAAUGCCAUAGCCAGAACUGAAAUCCUUUUGCAGAAGCAAGGAGAGAUUCUGAUGCAUUCAGUUACCGAUUUUUCCCUUUCAUUUCACAGCUAAAAGUUAAACUUAACCACUGAGACAGUACAGCACACUGCUGUGUGACUGCUUUUGCAAACCCACAAGAAACCUAUGCCUUCCUCAGCAAAUUCUCAAGAAAUUCUCUAACAGUACUUUAAAAAGUUUAAAARGAUCAGCCUACAGAAAAAUUAUUUGAGCUGUGUCCUAUAAGACACACCUGUAUUAAUAUGCAGACAUUUAAGAAYGACUUUUCCAUAGUACAAAGAAAAGGCUUCCAAUUUUAUUCACUARAUCAGCAGCUAUCAAGUUCUGAGACUCCAGAUCAUGUAUGUUCUGAUCCAAACACAGCUCACAGAAGCACACCAUUGCAGCUUGCAGAACGAAYGUAUAUAGAUGUGAAGAAACACACAUUUCAAAAAGCAGCUGUCAACUUGGCCUGCUUAUCAGAAAGAUCUUCAAAUACUGACCAAGUUCCAUCACAWGGAAUAGCAACUCAUUGGUGAGCCAAAAAAAAGAUAAAAACCUCUUUAUACACAUCCACCAACAGAUGUCAACUCCGAUCAAGCAACAGUGCUCUUGCUGAAUGCACUGCAAUGAAGAGUCAGCUUCUCAUUAGCUGCAAACCACACAUUACAAAUUGAUGUUAACUGGCACCCUUCAGUCUACAGAAAGAAAAAAGAAUCUCUGGCAAAAGAAAUCAAUUCCUGACAUAGGAUCUUUUGCCUUAAAGCCCACAAAGAACCUCACAASUACUACCAAAUCAUCCUCCAUGGUCCCAUACUGUAUUUCUCAUCUACUUGUGCUGCUGACAUACAAGUGUUUUGCUCCUGUCUUGCAAAGGCACAAUUAAUUUCUACCAUAUAGACACCUACUUAAGGAUCUAAAACUGACAAAUGGGGAUUCUACACUUCUGCAGAAUCAAGGGCAAUAAAGAAAGCAUGGAGGAUGAAAGACAAGGAGUGGUAACAUAAAAGGAAGAAACAUGAAGAAUUUCUGAAAAAUAGAAGCCCAUCAAAAUGAUUGGGAGAUGUGGCAUGCUGGCUACAGGCAAGAUUGAGACAUUUACAGUGCUGUGAGAAUUGCUCUUUUCUGUUCAUGGAGAGAAGAGGAAAAUGUUGGUGUCCUUCACCAGUACGAAACAAACUCCAAAUUCCUUAUCCUUUCUCUUGUAAUUCUGAAUACAAUAUAAAAUUCACAUGAAAGACUGGACAAAGUUGUGACAUGAUCUGGAAAAGGGAGGUAAGAAGUCCUGCAGUUGCAUGACAUGGGACAUGUGUAACACUAAACUAYGCUGCUAAGUAGAGAAUAUCCCUAACCACUCCCUCCACAAAUCUCCUCUCAAAGUUAAAGAUUUGCUGAAGAAGUUAUUGGGAAAACUAAAUUCUUUAGUUUGUGUCAUGUGACAAGAAAAAAAGAUGGGUAAUCCGUUUAGCAUUUUUUUUUCUUUGGGUUUUGUGGGCUUUUUUUACAUUUAUAAAUUACCUGCAACAGAGAAAGCAUUCAUGUCUCAAGGUGAGGGGAACUACCUUUAAUCUUUAAUAUGGACUCUAAAAUAAUGACUUCCAAUGAUUUGGCCAAAAGCAAAUUUAGAAUUCUUUAUAAAUUCAUACACUGUGAUAUAUAAUUAUAUAUAUUUUKUGUUUUCAUACUCUUCAGGUGGAGUGUAUGAAUGAUGUUCAUACUCAUUUUAAAAGUAGCCUUUUCUAACUACAAGUUGCUAAAAUCUAAAACACUUUUGAGAGCUGAGUUAUGAUGAAUAUUCUGUAGAUCAGAMCUUAUCCUAGGGUUAAUUUUAAAGGAUCUGGCAAAAGAUCAGUAUUUUAAAAGUACAUUUUGAAUUCUGCUUUGCACCUACAGUUAUGGCAAAGAUGCUAUUUUAAAACAGGUCAGCAAAUGAGCUUGGAUAGUAUUUUUUCUAAUGAAAACUUGACAUUUCACAGAAAUAAAAUUGACCAAGUCUGUCAAAGGUGCUCGUUAAUGUGCAAUUAUUUUCUUGUAUUGCUGCCUGUGUGAUACAUUGUGAACCUUGAUUUCCUUUUAUGGCAACUAACUUUAGUGCAUUUUACAGUAUCCAUAAGAUGCUGUACAAAUKAACCUUGGAUUUUACCUGUUUUACAUGAAAA